GAUGAGCUUCCAUGCAGCAUCACAGGAGGCUGACCUGCAGGAGAUGGCGUGGGCAAGGAGCUGUGUAUGGAUCCAGUGCUGAUGUGGGUGGUGGUGGUGAGAGCUGGGACGGCAUCCUCAAGAUCUGCAUGCGGGAGAUCAAGCGGUGCCAGCAAGAAUCGAGUGGCAUCAGCUAUGUGCUCAUCCUUGGCAACAAGUAUGGCUUCCGCCCUUUCCCAGCCAAGAUCCCCGAUAAGGAGUUCAAGCUGCUGAAGGAGGAGAUGGCCAAACAAGCCAAGCAAACUGCGUCCACUCCAACCUCAGCCGCACUCAACAAGGCCAUGGAGUACAUGGACGAGUGGUUCGUCCUGAAUGAGAACGUCGUGCCGCCGACCCGCGAGCUCAAGCCCGUGAAGAAGGAGCACUCUGAUGCGUGGUGGUCCGACAUCUUCCCCACGCUGCAGAUGUGUCUGCGCCAGGCAGCAACGGGAGCGCCUGGGCUGUCUAACGAGCGACGUGCCCUGUACGUGCAGAGCGUGACGGCGGAGGAGAUUGACAACGGCCUGUUCAAGGUGCAGCCGAAAGAGGCGCGCGACAAGGCGUGCUUCGUCUUUGACCGGCGCCUGGAGGGCAUCGACGUUGCAUCGGACCCAGACACGGCUAAGCUGUUCAUCGACAUGGCUGGUGGUGAGGUGGACGAGGAGGCGCAGCAGCAGCUGGAGCGAUCGCGUGCGGAGGCGGUGCCGGCUGCCCUGUCACCAUCUCGCAUCAAGACCAUGACCAUCCCAUGGGGACCAGGCAUCGACCUCGCUCGCACCGACCACGCAGAGUACAUGCGCACCUUUGCCGACGCCUUCUGCGACACGCUGGCCGCGAACAUUGAGCGUGUUGCGCGCGAGCACGCGUUUGAGAGCGACGCGGUGGUGGAGGAGGCGGCGGCGCACGCCAUGUUCGGCAACCUGCGGCGUUGUGGGUUCGUGUCUACAACAGCCACUCAGCAGACGGCAGAUGCUGCCCUUGCAUACGUGCAACAACGCAUCACGAUUGGCAAAGAGGUCGCAGCUCCGUUUGCCAUCUGUGGCCCAUCUGGCAGUGGCAAGACUUCACUCAUGGCUCAUAUCGCAGGUACCAUGAAGGAAGCCCACCCAAAUGCCGUUGUGGUGUCGCGGUUCCUGGGCACGUCGCGGGAGAGCGGCACUGCCCGCACCCUGAUGGCCAACGUGUACCGCCAUAUCCACCGCGCAGUGAAAGGCAAGGAGCCAGCAGCAUCGCCAGCAGCCGACUUUGAAAAGCUGACAGAACAGUUUCAGGCUGCCCUCAAGCUUGGCACUGCUCGCAAGCCGUUGGUGCUCGUGCUGGACUCGCUUGACCAGCUCUCAGACGAGGACCAGGGCCGCAACCUGGAAUGGCUGCCGCUCGCAUCGCUGCCGCCAAACUGCGCCAUCGUCGUGUCCACUCUGCCGGAUGUGGGCGGAUGCUGGGAGGUGCUCAAGGCCACGCUGCCAGACACCAACCAGCAGCACCGCAGUGUUGUGCUGGGCGUCUACGAGUCCUGCCCGACACCGCUGUACCUCCGCAUCUGCACGCAGUUCUUUGCGCUUCGCUGGAACCACACGGACGCAAUUGCACCCGACUUCUUCCCCAAGACGGUGGAGGGCCUGAUGGAGAAGGUGUUUGAUGAGCUGGAGACGCGACACGGCAAGGAGACGGUGCGGGCGGCGCUCGGGUACCUCUCUGCCUCGCGCGGCGGACUCAGCGACAAUGAGAUGGAGGAUCUGCUGUCCUGCAACGACACCGUCCUGGACGAGAUCUACGAGUGGUGGGUGCCACCCGUCCGCCGCGUGCCCCCGCUGAUCUGGGCACGCAUCGUGUCUGACCUGGAGGGCGCGUUGGUGGAGCGUGGCGCUGAGGGCGGCGUUACUGUCCGUGCAUGGUACCAUCGCCAGCACCGCGAGGCAGCAGAGCGACGCUACCUCGGCCUCAACUCGCGCAGCGGUGCUGGAAAUGACACGGGUGAUGAUAGCGACGGUAACGGUGAUGGUGCUGGUGAUGGCAGCACUGCCACGUCCUCGUCCACGACCACUACCACCGCAGCCUCCACUUCCACCACCACCACGGCCUUGACGGUGCAGCGGCACGGCGAGCUUGCAGACUACUUCAGCGGCAAGUGGGAGCACGGCCGCCACCUGCACGACAAGACGGACGACGCGAGUGCUCUGCGCGACCGCAAAGUGGCGUCCAUGAAGACGGUGCUGGCUGGUCGGCUCGAUGACCCGCGCUCCGGUGUUGUGGUCAACGCACGCAAGGUUGCCGUGCUGCCGUUCCACCUCAUGCAUGCGCAGCGGUGGGAGGAGUGCGCGACAACGCUGUGCGACCUCGAGUUCAUCGAGGCCAAGGCAACAGCGGGGAUGGUGCGGCAGCUGGUGGCAGACUUUGAAGACCUGCUGCGCAGUGGUGGUGGUUCUAGUGGUGGUCAUGGUGGCGCACUGGAGAGCCUGCUCAAGAAACACAGCUUCGACAUCUGGGCGCGAUUUGUGGCUCGCAAUGCCCUCAUCUUCGAGCGUACGCCUGGCGCUGUGGUGGCGCGCGCCUCGCUGUAUCCAGACGAGACAGCGGUGUUCAAGGCGGCAGAAACUCUGUUGUCCACGCCAGGCUGCCGCCUACCACGUGUUCGACAAUACAACAAGCCACAAGAGCUUGACCCACUUGUGUGCGUGUGUUCCGCAAGGUGGUUUUCCGACGUUCGGGAUGUCAUCUUUACUCGAGAUAGUCGUUGGGUGUGCGGGUGUGGCUCUCCUAGUGGAGCUGGAGAUGUUCACGUGUGGGAAGCACGGACUGGCACUCCUGUGGCGAGGUUGCGUAAGCCCAAUGACAACGCAAAGGCAGCGCGCAUUGUUCAGCUGCCAUCGGGCCUCAUUGCAGUUGCCUGCACAGAUGGAAAGGUGUAUGUGCGGAAGCUGGCAACGCACGAGGUCACGCGCUGUGUGGAGGUGUUUGACCCUGAGUCGGAGGAGCUUUGCGUGUUGCGGAUGACCGACGACGAUGCCCUGGUGUGGAUGAUGACUGGUGACAAACCUCCAAAGCCAAAACAUCCCCUACAACUGAGGAGAGAUGGCGAUGAUGAUGACGAUGAUGUGCCAGGCGUGACGCGCAUCAUGCUGUUCAGUGUUGACUUCAGUCAUUGUGUGUGGAAGUGCACGAUGCAAGACAAGCUGUGUUGUGGGCAGAUCCGCAACAACACGCUGGUCGCAGGUACGAAGAGCGGCAGCGUCAUCUGGUUUGAGCUCAAAGGACUUCCGACGCCAUCUCAGCGUCCCGCCCAAUCGUCCAUGGCAGGAGACCAGGCAGCCUUGGUGCAGGUUGCCCGCUACAACAUGGAACGCAGGAGCCCUGCUGUAACAACCCUAUGCCUGCUGCAUGGGGGCCUUGAUGUUGUCGUGUACUGGGGCUCGCAUCUGUACAAGCUGAAAGCUGACGGAACAAUGGUGGCGCGGGUUCUCUGCGCCAUGGUUGGAAGCGCAAGGACCUUGGCUGCCAGCGGAUCCCUUGUGGUGGUGGGUGGAUUUGGGGAUUCUACGAAGGUGUAUGACGUAACCACGAUGACGUCGCUGCGCUCCGUGGGACCAGCGCCCACCGGCAUUGUUACUCUCUCUCCAGAUGACACGUUGCUGGCUGUUGGAGGAAGCGACACCCUGGUCUCUGUGUUUGAUUGGGAGGAGAUCAAACUCAGCAACAACGCAGGCGCGAAGCAGACAAGGUCGACUGCAUCACUGGCCACACCCACGAUUGCGCUCAUGGCAGCCCCACCACAUCGUCAGCAGCAACAACGACAGCCGCAAAACGUCGUAGUUUUCAUCGGAUCGGGUGGAUCAGGUGCCAAGCAUGCGCUUGCUUUGUACGAAGCAGCAAACAUGACAGCGGUCAAGGCCAUUGACAUACACAACAGCGGUGACUUUUGGAGCUUCAACCAGAUGAGCGGAAGUCCUGAUGGACGCAUCGUCCUUUGUUACUCCGGCACAGACAAAGCCAUUACGGCUGUCAACACGGUCACUAGCGACGUGCACAAGAAUGUCAUUACGAGUCGGAAGACACACCGAGACUGGCAAGUGUUCUUCGCACCAACAAGCGACUCGUGCGUGCUGAUUGAUGGGUGUGAUGUGUUCCUCCUGGCGCUGCCGGCGUGCAAGCAAGUGGUCGUGCGUGACCCUGAGUACGUGCACACCGAACUCGGGGUCACUGACGAAGUCACUUGUUGCGUUUGGCACCCUCAGUACCCGCAUGUGCGUCAAUUCGCCACCGGGUCGAAGAACCACACAGCACGGCUGUGGCAACUCAACACAGACGAUGAAGGCAACAUUGUCGAGGUGGCAGACGUGCGGGUGUUUGCAGGCCAUAAAGGGCCUGUGUACAGUUUGGCGAUGUGCACGGAUGACCAAGGUGGUGUUUUACUGGCAACGUUUGCAGCAAAAAAUGGCAUUCAGCUGUGGAACCUGAAUGACGGAGCGUCCCCCAUUCGAUCCUUGUCCGACCCUUUCUCCAGCGACUAUUCGCUGUUGUGGCUUCCAAGGCAAAGGUUGCUGGCCACGUACACCCGUGGAGGGCGUAAUCUGGAGUGCAGGAACCUGUCAGGAGAAGUGGUUCGCGCCAUCAAGCUUGGACCACACUGGAUGAUACUGCACCCCAGUGAGAAAUACCUUGUUGUGCCGUCCUAUGGUGGCUUUCAGCUGCUGGAUGCAAACACGUUGGAGGUCGCCUUUCAGUCCUUUGGCCACGACGGCGAGGUGUCCUACGGGAACCUGCGAGCAGUGCGCAUGGCACCCGAUGGACUCCACUUUGUUUCCCAGUCAGCGGACAACAUCAUCCUCGUGCACGACUUAUCACUGCUGCCGCUUUGAAGGCGUGAAGUUGAUUUGCGUUGGUGUGUG